AUGAAGCUCGUCCGGUUUUUGAUGAAAUGCGCCAAUGAGACGGUGACUAUUGAGCUCAAGAAUGGCACAAUUCUCCACGGCACUAUCACAUCCGUCUCCCCCCAGAUGAAUACCUCCCUCCGAACCGUCAAGAUGACCCCCAAGGGCCGCGACCCCGUCUCUCUGGAUACCAUCAAUAUUCGUGGUUCGACAAUUCGGUAUUACAUCCUUCCCGACAGCUUGCCGCUCGAUACUCUGCUUGUGGAUGAUGCCCCCAAGCCGAAAAACAAGGCCCGGAAGGAAGCUGACCGUGGUCGCGGGGGCCGUGGCGGAGGCCGAGGUGGGCGAGGUCGUGGCGGUGGCGGUGGCCGUGGCCGUGGUCGCGGUCGUGGCUUCUAA